AGUCACGUGGCAAAAAUAUCUGUUUGAAUGCGAUUUUCGAGUUUAACUCGUACACGAAUAUACAUUAAUGUGAAAUAGUAUUGAAUUUUUUAAAAUAUAUAACAAUACAAAAUAUAACAAGACAUUAUAUAUAAAUAUGUAAUAUAUAAAAAUAUUAUUGUAUAUUAUAUUAUAAAAAAUACAAUAUAUUAAGUUUAAUCAAAAAAUAUAUCUGUUUUUUUUUUAUUAAGAAUAAAUUUACGUACAAAUAUUAAAAUUUGUAAUUCUGAUGAUAAUUGUUAAUUAUUAUAAAAUAAUAAUAAUUUGAAAUAAUUGAAAUAAAAUACAUUAUUUGAUAUUACAGUAGAUCUUGAACAUUUUGAAUAAAAGAAGUAUUAAGUAAGAUAUAUAAAAAAUUAAAUGCCAUAUAAUUGGUAAAUAAUGCAAUGUUUAAAAAGAUUUGUAGUUUUAAAUAAAUUACAAUAUGUAAGAAAUAAGAAAAAAGAAUUAUUGAAUUAUAUUACUUAUCAAUAUAGAUACAAAUCUGAUUUAAUAUUUGAAGAAUAUGAUGAAACUGAAGAAGAAAAAAAUACUUAUUCAAAAUUGGCUAAAGAUUAUUUAGGACCAAUUAUCGGUGGCAACAGAGUAUUUGUCAUACAACCAUAUAUAAAAUGGGGUGUUAAAAAAAAAAGAAAUACUACACCUCAGUUACAAUUAGCAGAGGCAAUAACACUUAUUAAUACUCUACCAAAUUGGAGUGUUGUAGGUGAAAAGAUAGUUCCAUUACUUUCUUUACAAAAACACAAAUUAGUUGGUUCAGGAGGUCUUGAAACUUUGAAAAAAGAUAUUACAAAUUGUCCAAAUGUUACAGCCAUAUUCAUUAGUACAAAUUUACUGAAAUUUGUACAAAUUGCUGAAUUACAAAACAUUUUUCAUUUACCAAUUUAUGAUCGCUAUAGUAUAGUUAUUCAUAUUUUUCGAGAACAUGCAAAAAGUCCAGAAGCAAAAUUGCAAGUAGCUAUAGCUGAAAUUCCAUAUGUAAGAAAAAAAAUGAUUGAUUUAACUAAUUAUUUUAUUGGACAAGUAAAGUUUGAUGAAAAAACAAAAAAUUUACUUCAAACCAGAGAAAAAAAAUUAAGAAAUGCAUUAAAGAAAUUGAAAGAACAUAGACAAAUGAUAAAACGUCAUAGAUCUAGUUAUGGUUUUCCAACUAUUGCUAUUGUUGGAUAUACAAAUGCUGGUAAAACAUCUUUGAUAAAAGCAUUAACAGGAGAUACUUCAUUACAACCAGAGAACAAACUAUUUGCUACUUUAGAUACAACAGUACAUCAAGGAUUACUUCCAAAUAACUUGAAAGUAUUAUAUAUUGAUACUAUUGGCUUUAUUCAGGAUGUACCGGAAACUCUAUUAGAGCCAUUUUUAGUAACUUUAGAAGAUGCUAUAAGUGCAGAUAUUUUAAUUCAUGUGUUUGAUAUAAGUCAUCCUGAUGUCAAAGCUCAAAUCCAGCAUAUUCAAAAAACAAUACAACCUAUGAUAGAUGAAAAUAAAGUAAUAAUUAAUGUUGCUAAUAAAUGUGAUAUGGUUGAAAAAAAUGAGAUAGAAGAUAUUUUGCCUGAAGAUACAUUUACCAUUUCUGCUAUCAAAUUAAAAGGCAUUGAUUUGUUACGAUCAAAAAUACAAGAAGAAAUUAUACAUGCUGCUAAUUUAAUACAAAAACGUAUUAAAGUAGGAAAUGGAAGUGCAGAAGCAUCAUGGUUAUACAAAGAAGCGACUGUUUUAAAUGUUGUACCUGAUUCCAAAAAUUCACAAUAUUUAAUAAUGGAUGUAUUUAUGACAACACCUAUAUUUUAUAAAUUUAAACGAAUUUUCAAUGUUUAAAUAAAUUUACUUGAAUUUA